AUGGCAACUCCACCACCUUUCAUGUUAACUUCGCACUCAGUAUCAACGCAUACGACACCGUCUACAACUGUUCCACCCCCUCCCCCACGUCAUUGUGUUUACUCCAGUGACCCCCAGGCUCACUUGAUAAGCGCUAAUAAUCAGUCAAAUCCUCUUUACGUUCAAUUUUGUUCUUCUUUACCAAUCGGAAAUUGUUUUCCCAAAAACAACACUCUUCCUCCAAUAAACACGUCAUCUCGAUUAAUCAAUAAUUUAAACAACACGUCGAUGAAUGGCAUGUACUUUCCUAAUGACGUGUUAUUAUCACCUCAACAGCUAUCAACUACUACCAAUAGACGAAGACUUGAAUUAAGACGUAGCAGCGAACCUAAUUAUCACGUUAUGGAAUAUGGUACAAUUGAUCAUCCUUCAUUACCACAUAGUGCAUUUACUUCUCCUACUAUGAUGAAUGGCUUUACUAGUGGGAUUACACAAUGUUUAUCGCCACAACAAAUCACUCCCAUUAAUACCAUGAGCACAUCACCCAAAGGUUCACCAGUCACGACUAAUGAUAGUAGUGAUGAUACCGGAAGCAUGUUUGGUGAACCAGUCCCACAGCAACAAAUAUUACGCCAAAAUAAAGGAUUAAGGCAUUUUAGUAAACAAGUAUGUGAUAAAGUAGAAUUUAAAGGAGUAACUACGUACAAUGAGGUUGCAGAUGAAUUGGCUGAAGGUUUUGCAGCCCAAUCACAAGAACAUGGUGGGAAUAAAGUGGUGGAUCAGAAAAAUAUACGACGUCGUGUGUAUGAUGCAUUGAAUGUAUUGAUGGCAAUGGACAUUAUUGCAAAAGAUAAAAAAGAAAUUAGGUGGUUAGGUUUACCAGGGCAAAAAAUUGAUAAUAAAUUGGCUUCAUCGUCUGGAACGACAGAGGUCGAAAUUGAACGGCAAAAAUCUGAGCUAAGAGAAUUGGAGCGACAAAACCGAUGCUUGUGUGAACGAGUGGAAAAAGCAAAGCACCUUCAUAUCAGAAAUCUCAUGAGAAGGAACAAACUUCGGCAAAAUCCUUAUCGAAUUUCAAAUAAGUUGAAAUCCGAAAAAGAAGUGUAUCUUCCUUUCAAAUUGAUACACUGUCCUCGAGAAACCUCCGUCAAUAUUCAGACUGCUCAAGACGGGGUUACUCAAUUCCUUUCGUUUCAACCUCAUCCACCCACCAUAAUCGAUGAUUCAGAAAUUUUGCAAUAUCUUGGAAUAGAUAAAAUCUCACCUGAAGAUAUGCAACAAUGGGUUAAUCCUGAACAUUUAAAAUGGAUUAUUACAAAACAGGGUGAUGAUGGGGAUUAUCGUAUAAGCUGCAAUCAAUGA